AUGGCAAAAGAAAAGAAAGGAAAGGAAAGAAAUGACAAGGAAGAGAAGGUUGGGGUGGAGGAAGCACCUGAGCAGGAGAAAGUUCUUUCUCCAUCAAAGAAAACUUUAACUGAAGUCCCAAGCUCUGAAGGGCUCAACAAACCUCCUUCUUCCUCCCCUUUCUUAUCAGCCUCAACCUCAGCCUCAAAUACAUUCAGACUUGAAUUCUUAUCUCAAUUCAGAACUUGCGAGGCCAACAGUAGCCCCAAGCACCGGUCCAAAAUGAGUAGAUUCUUUUGGAGAUUCCUAAGGACGAUUAAUUCCAGUUUUGUCAGAAAUAGAAAACAAAAUUUUAGUUUCUUCAUUUCAGAAGUGAGACAUAGCACCUUAUCAAUGGUAACUGGAUUGUUUGGAACUGUCAGAUCUAUUACAUUGAGAAACAAAAUAUUCCCUUCACAAACUUCUGAGGGAAGAGAGAAUAAAAGGGACUUCACUGGAAAGACUGGUGAUUUUGAUGAUGAUUUCGAGCAUAGGUUGACAUUACUCCUUAAAUAUGUAAGACUUUUUAUUCUGAUAAAAGUAUUUCAGCUGUCCAAUUCGAAAAAAAAGAUUGAAAAAGCAGCUAGAAAGUUGGUUUCAGAAAACAAAAGACGUUAUAGGAAAGAUGGAUUUGACCUGGACCUCACUUACGUUACUAAUAAUGUUAUUGCCAUGUCCUUCCCAUCAUCUGGAAGUCGGUCACUCUAUAGAAACCCCAUUAAGGAAGUUGUGAAAUUCCUAGAUAUGAAACACCCAGGCCACUACAAGAUCUACAAUUUGUGCAGUGAGAGAAGCUAUAACCAUUCAUACUUCCAUAACAGGGUAGAAAGAUUCCCUAUUGAUGAUCACAAUGUUCCCACCCUAAUUGACGUGAUGAGAUUUGUGGACAGUGUAUUUGAAUGGAUGGAAAAGGACCCAAAUAAUAUCAUAGUAGUUCACUGUAUGGGAGGCAAAGGUAGAACUGGAACUAUGAUCUGUAUUUGGCUUAUUGCUAGUGAUCAUUUUAAGACUGCAAAGGAGAGCCUGGAAUAUUUUGGAAAGAGAAGAACAGAUACAGCUUCUAGCUCCAAAUUUCAGGGAGUAGAAACUCCUUCACAGAGCAGAUAUGUUGAAUAUUUUGCCCUGGUAAAGAACAAGUACCAUUGGGCUUUGCCUCAAAGUCAAACACUCAGGAUAAAAUCCAUCACAAUUUAUUCAAUUCAAGGAGUUGGAAAAGGUAAUGGAAAAGAUCUGAAAAUAGUAUUAGUUAUGAGGAAGAAGAUUAUUUACACCUGUUUCUCUUCAUCUUUAAAGAACUGUCAGGUAUUUUGUGAUGAUGACAGUAAUUCUGUAAAUAUCAGACUAAAUAACUGUCCGGACAUCUGCGGUGAUGUGAAAGUAAAGUUCUUCUCCAGUUCUGCCCUUCCUAAACUAUACGAGAGGUGUCCAUUUUUCUUUUGGUUCAACACAUCUUUUAUAGAAAACAACAGGCUCUAUCUACAAAGAAAUGAAUUGGAUAAUCCCCAUAAACGAAAAACAUGGCACAUUUACCAUGAAGAUUUUGCAGUGGAAUUACUGUUUAAGAAGCUGUGAUCUACAGAAGUAUAUAUUUGUUUAAAUGUUACUCCCUUCUAUUAAAGAAUCAUGUUCCUGUGAACUGUGUCCUACAUAGAGGCAUCUUCUAAAUCCCCAUUUCUUAGUGUUUUUAUUUGUAUUCUGUGUACUUAAGAAUUCUAUUAAACGUUACAGGUAAAAGGCAUAUGUUCAUUUUCUUACAUACUUUCUUACAGGAACUUUCAAGAAAAGCAAGGCAAUGUAUUGUACUAGAAAGUGGAUUGUGUGUGGACUCAAAGGACCUGGGUUCAGAUCUUGGUUCUGCCUCUUUUUAGCAGAAGGCAAGUCACUUAAUUUCUUUGAGCCUCAG